ACGUUCAACGCCAGGUCGGACAAUACUGGGCGACACUCUACUUUCUCCACUAGCCAUACAAAAAAGGUGUAAUAUGUCAAAAAAUCCUUUUUUGUUUUAUUAGUGCAUAUGAAUAGUUAAACGUUUUAAACUAUUAGAGUAUUAAGGAGACUGAUUAAAACAGUAUAAUAACGACAAUAGCUCAUGUCGCCCAUCAUUGUCCCCGAUGGCCCCCUGCGCAUGGUCAUCUGCAUUUCAAACGUAGCGCGCCGCGCGGGUCACGUUGUCGCCCAUUCUACCUACACUGCGCCGCCGCGCCGUUUGCUGGCCGAGAAGUACUCCGCCCGCAUUACCCAUCCGUCCCGCUCCCACCACUCAGCCGUACGCGCAAUUCGCUAUCCUCCCGCGCCCCUUCAGUCCUUCGCAAGCAUUUCGCAGGACGUUACGUUACCCGCUUUACGUUAGAGCUGUGUUUUUCCCGCCAAAUCGUAAUACCUACGCAUCAAAGAUAUUCGCUAGUUACUUACAUUAUAAUGGCUGACUUUGACGAUGAUGGUUUUGAAAUCACAGAGGACAUUUUGACACAACUUAAUGAUAUCGAAAUAUCAUUGCUAAACAAUAGUUUUCAACUGAGUUCGGAGGAUGAAGAUGACUAUCAAAUAUUACCCACAAAAAAAAAGAGGCGUCGUAUAAUUCAAUCAGAUAGUGAGAUCAGCGAACAUGAGGCAGUUGGUCCAGAUACUUCAGGAAGUACACCAUCAACGAAUGUUUGGACUGAACCAAAAGGUAAUCAACGCAAGAUUAUUCCUUUCACCGAAAUUUCGGGUGUUCCAUUGCACGUCAAGUUAUCAAUGUCUAAUAUGUCACCCGUAGAUUUUUAUUCGCUGUUUGUAACCGACGAUAUACUUCAACAAAUAGUGAAUCACACUAAUUGCUAUGCUAUAGCUAAAAUAACGAAUAUGCCUGAAGCUACUCCCAGUGCACGUAUUAGAAAGUGGCAUCCUACAAACUUGACAGAAAUGAAGCAAUUUUUUGGCUUGAUUUUAUUUAUGGGUUUGGUGAAGCUUGUCAAAUUGGCGGAUUAUUGGUCAAAAGACAAAAUAACCGGGCACCCGUUUUCGAGAACUGUGAUGUCUCGCAACCGUUUUGAAUUGCUUUUGCAAAUGCUUCAUUUUUCUGACAAUGACGACCAUAACAAAGAAGAUCGGUUGCAUCGAGUUCGCCAGCUAAUCGAAAAUCUAAACGCUAAUUUUAAAAAAAAUUAUACACCUACUGAAGACAUCUGUAUCGAUGAAAGCAUGGUGCCAUUCCGUGGAAGGAUAAUAUUUCGUCAAUAUAAUAAACAAAAACGUCAUAAAUAUGGCAUAAAGGAGUUUAAACUAUGCACAAUUCCGGGAUAUACCUAUAAAGUAAGCAUUUACGCAGGUAAAAAUGACGAGACUAAUAAUACACCGACGAAUGUUGUUAUGUCUUUGUGCGGAGAUUUGUUGAAUAAAGGACAUACUCUUUAUACGGACAACUGGUAUACAAGUGUAGAUUUGGCACGACAGCUAAUAGACCAAGAAACGCACCUGGUAGGCACCAUUCGCAAAAAUAGAAGACAGUUGCCUAAAGAUGUUGUUACAGCUAAACUUAGAAAAGGCGACUUUGCUGCAGCCGAGAGCUUCGAUGGAAUAACUAUGAUGAAAUGGAAGGACAAGCGUGACGUAUAUGUGCUAUCCACGAAGCAUUCAAUACAAUUUCACGAUAUCAAUAAACGUGGCAAAAUUGUUUCAAAGCCAAAAAUUGUUGUAGACUAUAAUAAAGUGAAAGGGGCAGUUGAUUUGGCUGAUCAAUUGGCUGCUUAUUCAACACCUUUGAGAAAAUCGCUGAAGUGGCACAAGAAGCUUGCGAUUAAUUUAUUGCUCAAUACUACAUUGGUAAACGCCUAUAUUUUGUAUCAAAAAGUUACAAAUAAAAAGAUUCCUAUAAGUAACUUUAGAAAAAGUAUUGUGGAAUCUUUUUGUAUGCAGACAAAUAUACAAGAAAUUCAGGAUGAAAGACCUAAGAGGUUGAAACACAAACUGGUGAAGAAAGAAGGAAAGAGUUCAAUUGUUAGGAGAUCUUGCUCUCAGUGUUAUAAGAACAUUGUACAGAGUCAAGGAAGAAAACAGGCUAAAAACAAAGUGAAAAAAGUGCAAACGUUUUGUGAUGAUUGUCCAAACAAACCAUUUUUGUGUUUGGAUUGCUUUAAUAAAGCCCAUCGUUUCGCUUAAAAUAUUACAAGCAAUUCAUGUUUUUUUUUACUUUUUACAAGUUAUAAUGUAUCUCAUGAACGUGGUUGAAAACAAGAAUGGUCUCAGGACGAUCUCAUAUUUUCGUAAUUUUGUAACUAUGUCUUAAGAUAUUUUAUAUAAUUAAUUUUAAAUAAAAGCUUAAUUUAAUUGGUUAUUCCUAUAUUACCUUAUUUACCAACCCUAUAGGUAUUCCAUUUCAACAAUUUAUUCAUCAUCUUACAUCCAUUAAACAAUUUUUUGAAGUACUCUAGAGUUGGAAAAAAAUCGAUGUA